UAUAUGAAGCAUCGCAAACUGAAGUACUCCCCCCACCAAUUUUGGCGGACCUAGGGUUUCUUCUCUGCUCAAUUUUUUUUCUUCUUCCGCGGUAAUUGUGAAUUGAUUUCUGCUUCUCGCUCGCCAUUCUUUCGCUCAUUCAUAGAGCGAUGGAUACAGCUUCCCUCCCUCGCAUGCCCGACGAAUCGCAGCUUGGGUCCGAUUCGAAGAGGCAGAAGGUCGAGGAAUGCGACCACCCUGAGGACGUCAAGAUUGAAGAAGCAGAAGAAGAUGACAGUGACGAUAGCAGCAGCAGCGACGAUGGCUAUGAUUUUGCUUCGUGUUUCGAUUUCUACGUGUCAGUGCUCGACACUGAGGGUGCCGAGUGUCGAUUCCCUGACCAUGGGUUUCGUCACAUCGACCUUGAGGACCCUGAAGAAGAAGCGUAUCAUGUGAGGAAUGUGAAGAAAUCUGCCAAGUUUGUGAUCCAUGAACAGUACAAAAUGGGGAAUAAGCUGAAAUUGGUUAAGAUUGAGAAGGCUAGCUCGCAUUUGGUAAAUGGGUACAACUACUACAUCACGUUCUCCGCCGAGACUUGGCCAACCAGGGAAAUCAAGGUGUACCAAGCAGAGGUUUAUUGUAAUUUUAUGGGGAAGAUGGUAGAGACCACCAAUUUCAGGGAGAAACCCCCUCCCCACCACCACCACCAGCCCCAAUCUUCAGGCACUACAAGUCAGCAGGUGCAAGGUUUAGGCUUCUUUGGCUUGAAGGAAAGAAGGAUUCCUACAAGGGUUUAACUUAGUAGUUUGAAGUGUUGGAAGAUCUGUGCUUUCAAUAGUCUAGGUAUGAACUGAUUACUGACCAGUCUCUAGGUUAACUGAUGUGCGGGUGUUUAAGUCGAUGGAUGUGUUUGUAAGUAGCUUUAGGGGUCGUUUGGAAGUUGCGAUUGUUAAAUAGAUGUAUUGUUGAGAAUGCAUGUAUAAUAUUAUACAUGUAUUGUCGAAUUUGAUGCAUUGUAGAAUACAACGUUUGGUAUGUGUGAUUGUGUAUGUCGCAUCAGCUAAAAGCUGAGACAAAACAAUCUCAACUCAACUAUCUCAACAAUCACAACUAAAAGUUGAGAUAUAACAAUCACUCAAAAUGAGUGAUAGUUUAUGUCACAUCAUAGAAGCAAUCCAUGUAUUGUUUCUGCUAAAAAAACAAAAAAACGAUGCAUUGUAAACAAUACAUGCAUAAUGACAAUCUCAACAAAACAAUCGCAACUUCCAAAUGAC